CAAAAGAAUGGUGAACAUAUGAAAGUCGUUAAAAUCUGUUCAAAGCUGCGAAAAUUCAUUGAAAGCCGUAAAGAUGCCGUGCUGCCAGAACAAGAGGAGGUCCUUGCAGACCUCUGGGCAUUUGAGGGGAUCUCCGAAUUUCAGAUGGAACGCUUUGCCAAGGCUGCACAGUGUUUCCAACACCAAUAUGAACUCGCUAUCAAGGCGAACCUAACUGAACAUGCUUCUCGAUCUUUGGAAAACUUGGGUCGUGCGCGGGCAAGGCUAUACGACUAUCAAGGUGCACUGGAUGCGUGGACAAAGCGACUGGAUUAUGAGAUUAAGGGCAUAGACAAGGCGUGGUUGCAUCACGAAAUCGGUCGCGCGUAUCUGGAAUUGAACCAAUACGAGGAAGCCAUUGAUCAUGCUGCAACGGCUCGCGACGUUGCGGAUCGCGAGGCCGACAUGGAGUGGGAUCUCAACGCCACCGUCCUAAUAGCACAGGCUCACUUCUAUGCUGGGAACCUAGAAGAGGCAAAGGUUUACUUUGAGGCGGCCCAGAACGCUGCCUUCAGAAAGGGCUUCUUCAAGGCUGAAAGUGUUUUGGCCGAAGCAAUUGCUGAAGUGGAUUCAGAAAUUCGUCGCGAAGAAGCGAAACAGGAAAGAGUUUAUACGAAACAUUCAGUUCUGUUCAACGAAUUCUCGCAGAGAGCCGUUUGGUCUGAAGAGUACUCGGAGGAGCUUCAUCUCUUCCCAUUUGCAGUUGUCAUGCUGCGAUGCGUUCUCGCUCGCCAGUGUACUGUGCAUCUACAGUUUCGCUCGUGUUAUAACUUGUGA